CCCACUGCACACAUGCAGCGUGCUCAGGAUGACACAGCCCAGUACUGUACUGAGCAUUUUCGCCAUGCUCCUUCACACCACUUUUGGGGAAAGUGGUUGCACCUCAGCAGACGGUGAUGGGACUCUCGGGGAUGAUGAACCAGACAAUUUUGACAUUGAUUGCUUCAGCCAGCUGGAAAUUAAGGACUCCUUUAGCAGCCUGACCUGCAAUUUCACUGAGCUGCCUUCCUACAAUGCUAACCACACCCUAUCUCUGUGUACCAAGGAAGACAACAAUUAUGCCUGCUCUGACAUGAAGAAAAAGGAAGAUGUAUUCUUCUUACAAUUCAUUGAUAUACUCUCAAGCAGAGAUGUUUGCAUGUACUCUGAGAUGAAGAGAAGGGUCUGCAGGAGUCUGGUUGUAACUGACAUUGUUAAGCCUGAAGUACCAUUCGCUAUAAAUAUCACAUAUGAAAGAGAGGCAAAUGAAUAUCUUAUUCGUUACUGUACACCACACUCAAGGAAGAAAUACCUAAAGGACAAAUUAGUACACCAAGUAGCCUAUCGGCAGAAAGAAGGUCCUUGGAAGACGAUAGAGUCACCAUACCUUCAGAUAAAAUUGCUGGGGAAAAACCUGGAAAAUGAAGUAUCGUAUGAGGUGAAAGUACGUUCUCAGCCCAAUGGAGAUUAUUUUAAGGGCACAUGGAGUGAAUGGAGCACUUCCAAGAGCUUCAGGACAACAAGAGAGCAGCACUCCACAGAAAGCUAUAGCAGUGUGGUCAUGGUUAUAUUCUCCAUCGUUGGAUUCAUGCUGUCCAUUGUUAUGAUUGCAAUGAUCGUAGUUUUUUGGGAAAACAGGAUCAAGCCUACUGUAUGGCCAAACCUUUCUGACCAUAAAAAAACGCUGGAACAACUAUGCAAGAAGCCAAAAAAUAAUUUUGAUAUAAGCUUUAACCCAGAGAGUUUUGGUUAUGUUCAUAUCCAUAAAGUGGACGGCCUUUGGACAAAAGCUGAACUGGAAAAUUUUCUGCAGCCAUCGCUUGCUCCAGAGACAAGCCUUCCAGAAAAAUUCAGGAAUGGAUCAGACCUGAAAAUUAUCCCUGCGAUGGCAGACAAAAACAAUGUAACCCUGCUGGUGUCUGACAAAGGAGUCUGGCCCGCUGAAGCCCUGCACAGGCUCCUGGGCACCAGCCAGUUUGCAGUCACCGAGGGCAGCUGCAGCUCCAGCAUGUAUGAGGUUUGCCACGGCAACAGGGUGCCCCUGCACAGCGAUGGUUUCAACCUUUCUUCCAUUUGUUCCCUGGAUCCUUCUGGCCAGCCCUAUCCAGAGCCCCUAAAUGACAACACUGUAUCCCAGAUGCUGCCUAACAGUGACAUGAGAUCACCAAACAAUGAGGAAGCCUAUGUCACAAUGUCCAACUUCUACAAAGUUCAGUAAAUCUCACAAGAAUUACAGCAUGCAUUUUUUUUCUCUACCACAAGAAGGAUACUGAAGCUUUCUGGUUUUGUUUUCCUAUACCCUGUGAGUUCCCACCUCCCUCGCACACUCUGCUCAUGGUGCAAUGCUACACCUGCAGGGAAGUGGGUUCUCCUGCAUUCCAGUGAGAAUUAGCCUAUCACAGCAUUCAGUAUGCUGCUAGCAGUCAUCACUGCAGGAGAAAUUAAAUUUGAUCAACCUGAUUUUGAUCCUCAAAUCUGAUUAAUCCAGAGCAGUGACAAUGCAGUCCCAGCUGAAGAUCACAGCAUGUCUCGUAGAAAUUAAUGAAGUCUUUCAUUACCCUCUUGGUUAAGCUCUUAUUAAUAUCUUAAGUCAAGCUCUUAUUACUGCCUUAGCAAGAAAUAUGGCAAUAAAUAGCUUUUAAAUAGACCCAAUCUCUUUUAAACACCGGUAGGUCAAGACUAAUUCCCCCACCCCCAGUCAGUUAAAAGACAAAAAGAUAGAGUUGUUGUCAAGUAUUAGGUGCCUGGGGAUUCAGGAGCUUGAGUACCACACUGACAGUUAGCUGAGUGCCCAGCAAAAAUAUUACAUGGGCCCACCUGAGGGACAUGUUUCCUGAGAUGAACUUAGUUUUUGGUUUGGGGUGGUUUUUUUGUGGGUUUUUUGUUUGGGUUUUUUUUGAGAUGCAAAUUAAAACAAAGCAAACCCCAAAUGCCACUACUUCGUGCUUUUGGCAAAGAUUUGUCCUUAAGCCAAUUACAGGAUCCACAGGUACUUCUGCUAAUACUUUUGAGGGUUUCAACAUUUUAUGUACCAACUAGGUGAAACAAAGUCCUUUCUCUUCCUAGAAGCUGAAUUAGGUCAGUAAAUCGCAUGAUGCUGUCUUUUUCUGCAACUCUUAUGCAAUUAUUAGUGUAGCAUUCCAGAGUGCCUUCCAUUCUAGAGGCUGGUCUGACCAUGUUUUUUUACUAGCAUUAUUCCCAAUAUCUGUGACUGUGCACAAAUACUGUGAAUUUGGACAAACAAUGUUCUCAUGUGACAUCUGACAUAGGAAGAUGGAUGGAUCCUGCCAGUGAUCAGAAGACCUAAUUUGUUUUGUUAAUAACUUAUAAUUUUCCGGAGAUUUGUUGUUGUUGUUGUUUGGUUUGGUGGUUUUUGUGGGGGUUUUGUUUGUUUGUUUGGGUUUUUUUUGCAUUGUGACUUUUUUUCUUUAUAGUUUUACAUUUGUAAUUUCUUUUUUACAUUAUGGCUGAGCCACUUCACAGACCUCCUUGGAUGCUGCAUAUUCUGGAGCACACAAUUGGAGAUAAAGCUGCUACAGCCACAUGGUUGCGUGACAGCAAAAUGGUGUGGCCAUGGGACAUCCAAGCUGCUUUCUUGCACUCUGGACUUGGGGUUCACCUCAUUGUGCAGUCUCAGUUACUCUAGUUCUUUUAAAUUCUCCUUUACCUAGUUAUAUUCACACUCCCAGAGCCUAAGGGUGAAAAGAGUACUCUCUUAUCCUCAGAGGAUGAGACGCUCAGAUUUGUUCUGACUGGUAAUGGUCACAAAGAUGUUGCAAAACCUCAGCUGCUUCCAUCUGCUUCUGCCAAGACAGCUUGGUGCCACCAGAGCAGCAGAAUGAAUCAGAUCACUGAACAUCUCUUGUGGCCUUGUUUCAAGAAUAUAUGGCAGAGAGUGGGGCUUGCAUUAAACUCAGUUGCUUGAAUCAGAAUUUAAUGCUGCAAGAGACAGUACAAGCCAAACAGCAAUUCUGGACCACAUCAAGCCAAAACCAGCCUUCCCAAGGCAGCACUCCACCUCCUCCACCUCCACCCAGCGCCAGGGAAACAGCUACUCUGUGCAAAGGGGUCUCUGAUUUGGCUCAGUGACAUUCUACAGAAUGGUUUUUAUUGCUGUUUACCACCAGAUGAAGCAUUAAUUGAUGCAAAAGAAAAAGACCAAAGCCCUGGGCAUCCAUUUGCUUUAUAGUGCUUGUAUUUCUUUCAGAAAGAGCUGCUGAUAAUGCUUAUACUGUGAGAACUUGCGCAGUAUGACUGUAGAUACCAACAGUCUAUACUGGAAUGAUACCCUCUUCCAGUAACACAGUGACAAACAAAAAGGGGAUAGAGGGAGAAGCAGAAGCACAUCAGGAAAAUCCUCUGCAAUGUGUGCUCUUCUUCCUUUAAUUUUUUGUAAUUCUGUAAUGCAUUUUUUGGAUGUAUGCAGAUAAAACCACUUUCAGCUUUG